GUCCCAGCUACGACUCUGCAGACCUUGGCAGCCACGGCCAGAUGAAUGCCUUUCGUGAUUGCGACCGCUUUGUGAAAAGAUGGGGCCUUCGUUUCAAUAUUCCACGCUCAGUAUACAACCAUUCCUCCGAGUACCAGGUGCCCUACCUUUCCCCAAGGGCACUGCUGACACACCACUUGACGAAGACACCGGAACUACUUUUUGGAGGUCUACAGGAUCUUGAGGCUGCCAAGGCCCACCUUCAGAGUUUUUGGGACACAUACAAAUUGACUCACCCUGAACAUGAAGUCUUCAAGCAGGCCGCUGCUGGCACGCUGGUGUUACGCACAACAAUUCCCGUUCUGUUCCAUGGGGAUGAGGGAAGGGGGAUCAGAAAAGGCAACACGACGGUGUGUUCAGUGGAAACUCCUUUUGGUCUGGAUACCCACACCGCCGACAAGUACGAUCUCAUGGACUGCUGCCAAAAACAUGCUGCGGAUGAUGUUCUGUUGUGCGACUAUCAAAACUUGAACCUGAAGUUCCACUCUUACUUGACCAAGCUCCUCGUCUUCUUGCUCCCGGGGAAGAUUUACAAAAACAGUGAUGUCAUGACUGGGCUCUUGGAAGUUGUAUUCCGAGACCUAAGGUCUCUGUUCUACGAAGGCAUCGUUCUGGGCAACCAGAUUUACAACGUGGCUUGUGUGGGCAUGAAAGGAGAUUUAGUCUGGUUCGCGAAGCUGGGUCAGCUCGACAGGUGCUUCCUGCAUCUGUCAUACACAGAAGAUCGACUUAUGUGCCAUGAGUGCCUUGCCGGAAGCACUGAUAAGCCCUUCGAGGACGUGAGCAUCGGCCCGAGUUGGUCAAGUUCGAUUUUUCAGCAGCGUCCCUGGUCAAACAGACCGGGGACGGGACUGCUUGAGGUGCCGUUCGACAAAACGAAGCCCGAAGCGAUAUUGAGACGGGACGUGUUCCACAAUAGCAAAGUGGGCGUGCUGCAGGACUACAUUGCCAGCAGCAUGCUGCUUGUCAUCGAAAUGGGCUACUAUGCCGUGCCUGAGCGGGCUGGGAACUCAAGGGAUGCGACACUGGGUCGCCUCUUCGGGCACUUCAGGCUUUUUUGCUGCACAAAAAAGUCUUCGCCGAACAUGCAUGGUUUUAACAAGAGUUUUCUCAAUGCCACGACCCGGAAGCAUUAUCCAUGGGCGAAAUGCAAAGGAUGCGAUGCCAUGCUUCUCGUGGAAUGGCUCGAGGUCCUAUGCACUUCGUGCCUCAACAGGCUCCAGAAACCCUGUGACGCGAGGAUUCUAGAAGGCAUCAAAGCAGGGGCUACCGCAGCUCGCACAUUUUUGAAUGCUAUGUACCGGCACGGCUUGUGGUGGAAACAGUCGUGUGCUGAGUUCAUUUUACAGCAAGGCAGCAGGUUUCUGAAAUGCUACAACUUCAUGGCUUAUAUUUGCCUUCAUGAACUGGACGGCUUCGCUGGCUACGCUAUGAAGCCGAAACUACACAUGCUGUGCCACACUGUCUACGAAAUCCGACAAUGCCUGCCGUACAAGCGGCAGCCCUCCUGCCUCAUGUUUGGAUGCGAGGCCAACGAAGACUUUAUCGGUCGAGUUUGUCGGCUAUCGAGAAAGAUGCAUCAGCGCCGUGUGUGUGACCGUGUGAUUACCAUGUACCUCACGAAAGCCUUUGCCCUUCAUAAGAAGUACCUGCGUUCACCUGAAAUUCAGAAAAAACGCAAGCGUAAUUAA